AUGGCAACUAGCAGCCUCCGGUGCAUUGCUUUUGCACAUAAGAAAAUUUCAGAAGAAGAUCAAGAACAUGAUAUGGAGCAAAAAAAGAUAGAAGAAGAUGGUAUGACCCUAUUAGGAUUGGUGGGUAUAAAGGACCCAUGUUGUCCAGGGGUAAAGAAAGCUGUGGAAAAUUGCCAGAAUGCAGGUGUGAACAUCAAAAUGAUCACUGGAGACAAUGUUUUCACAGCAAAAGCUAUUGCUGUUGAAUAUGGAAUACUGAGGAUUGGUCAAGACAUGAGUGGAGCAAUGGUAGAAGGCAUCGAAUUCAGAAACUACACACUAAAGGAGAGAAUGGAGAAAGUUGAUAAAAUUUGUGUGAUGGCAAGGUCUUCUCCCUUCGACAAGCUACUGAUGGUAGAAUGUUUGAAACAAAAAGGUCAUGUUGUUGCAGUCACUGGGGAUGGCACAAAUGAUGCACCAGCAUUGAAAGAAGCUGAUGUAGGACUUUUAAUGGGAAUUCAGGGCACCGAAGUGGCAAAGGAGAGCUCAGAUGUUGUCAUUUUGGAUGACAACUUUGCCUCUGUUGCUAGAGUUUUAAGGUGGGGAAGAUGUGUGUACAACAACAUCCAGAAGUUCAUUCAGUUCCAACUCACCGUGAAUGUUGUUGCUCUUGUGAUCAACUUUGUGGCAGCUGUCUCAGCUGGUGAAGUCCCAUUAACAGCAGUUCAGUUAUUAUGGGUAAACCUAAUUAUGGACACAUUGGGUGCUCUAGCUCUUGUAACGGAGAAGCCCACCGAGGAGUUGAUGACGAAGCCAGUUGCACCUUUCGACAUCUGCGGACAUCAUAAAGCUAAUCCUAAAACCUCCAUUAGCUCUCUAUCAAGCCCAAGAUCAGUGGCCGGUUUCCCUCAACAUGGCCUUCACCCUUGA